AGUUGGCACCCAGACCACUCCAAUGGGUAGAAAUGGUAUGGGUGCCUGGAGUGUCCCUUUAAGUAGGUGAGCAAUCAUUUUGCAUAUUUUUAAAUCACAUUAAGGUUAAUACACUCGAAGUAUUUGCUUCAUUUUGUAUCUCCUUUUCUGAGUUUCUUGGGUUCAUAUGCAGAAGAGGUCCGGUGCCUGAAUAUAUCCCCACUGAUGAGAUUUGAGCCUAUCCUUGUAGGACUCUGCUCCAUGUCAGUGUUUUAUACACACCUUAAACCACUCCAAUUAUCUCAAACAUAUUGCACUAUAUUUUGUCACUUUAUCUUGUUUCUUCAACAUCCAGAUUUCCCCUUUAAUAAAAGGGGUAAGUGUUUAUUCAAGUAUUAGCGCUCCACUGGGUUUACUUAGAGUGUAUUCCACCUAGCUCACUUUUGUUCUGCAUGAUUGUGUGUUAAGUUAGAGAUCUUUACUCGUGUGUUGUAGUUGCUAUUGCAUUGUUAUUAAUUUUAUUAACAAUUAAAGACGCAACCUUCUCUCUGCCUAAAAAGAGUUUCAGACCCUUUGACUGUUGACAGUGAAAUUAAAAUGGCUGCAUGUGCGUUCAUUAGCAGGAGAGUUGGUUAAAGCUGGAUCUUUAAAUAAGUUCAGAUAAUAUAAUACCACUAAAUCACUUAAUUAAAGAGCCAGCAAUGUCUAUCCAAUAAUCGAUGGACUGAGAGGACCCUUUAACCCCUUAAGGACCAAACUUCUGGAAUAAAAUGGAAUCAUGACAUGUCACACAUGUCAUGUGUCCUUAAGGGGUUAAAGGACCACUAUAGUGCCAGGAAAAUAUACUCGUUUUCCUGGCACUAUAGUGCCCUGAGGGUGCCCCCACCCUCAGGGUCCCACUCCCGUGGCGCUGAAGGGGGAGGAAGGGGUUAAUCCCUUACCUUUUUCCCAGCGCCGGGCUCCCUCGGCGCUGGGACUCUCCUCCCUCUUCUUCCGUCAUCGGCUGAAUGCGCAUGCUCAGCAAGAGCCGUGGACGCUGGCAUCUUCUCACUGUGAAAAUCACAGUGAGAAGCGCGGAAGCGCCUCUAGCGGCUGUCAAUGAGACAGCCACUAGAGGCUGGAUUAACGCAUAGGUAAACAUAGCAGUUUCUCUGAAACUGCUAUGUUUACUGCAAAAAGGGUUAAACCUAGCUGGACCUGGCACCCAGACCACUUCAUUAAGCUGAAGUGGUCUGGGUGCCAAUAGUGGUCCUUUAAUUGCACAGUGCACCUUGUUUUUCUACUUAUUGUACUAAGUGUGCCCAUGUUCAAGCUUACAUUAUGAAAUAAAUUGUCAACGUUUUGAAAGACUGCUUAUUCUGUGUUCUGCAGGCAGAUGGCGAGAUAUAUUGUGUGGUUCGUGAUUAUAACCGGAUGUAUUGCGCAAGAAGGUGAGUAAAACAACUGAUCACAUAGGUAUUUUCCUGCUGGACUUAAUUAAUUAUUAACAUUAAUUAAAUCAUUCUGGCAGUGUAACCUGAUAAUUACCCUAUUGUUAAGAUGUUGUUUAUAUCAGCAGCAGUAGGUGAAGUAUCGCAUUCCCAUAAACCUCUGCUAUUUGACGCUCUCUUCAGUCUGGCGCAGUACCUCCCAUGGCCACUAGCUUGCUGUGAUGCUGUUGUAGGCCUUGCAGUUAGACUGAAGAGAUGUGAUUCUGCUCUCAGCUGGUACCUUCCUGACUGGUCAGCUCUUCUUCUACAGACCCCAGCUGGACCUCAUGUCUAUUGCCAGAAUAUGUAAUGGCUGUUUGUCACUAACUUCCCUUCUUACCUAGAGACUGCUACAGCCCUGUGAAUGGACCAGAGUAGUGACUAUGGUGUCCUUCCACUCAUGGGUGUGGGAACAGGGUGUGAUGAGGGUGCAAAUUCCCGCAGAACAUUUUCUGUAUCUUCUAAGAUCAUACGUAUCACUGCUUUAGAAGGGUGUCCCAUUCUACUGACAGACUCUCUAAUGAUAAUAUAUUUUUUUAUGCAGAAAACCGUAUACACCCUAAGUAGGCUGGGCUUACCAUAAGAAGAUGCUUCCAGUGUAAGUUGUCAAACCAUGUAAGAAUGGAGUCUGCCGGGCACUCACUGGGCAACCUCCAGCCCCGAGCUAAGGCCAGUCGUGCCAGCUGAUGCCCUCACUGAGCAGUGCACUCCAGGGAUUAGUCCAUGGGAGCUAAUGGAAACUUUUCUAUGUAGGGUUUAUCUGAAGCGAAGGCAGAGAUGGGUACAGGAGGAACCCCAGUAAGUUGUCAAAACACUUUAAGGGACGAAACCUGUUAAUUUGUCCUGGUCCUUUUAGAAUCUAGGAACUGCGCUGAAUGGAAUUACUUUAUUCUUCAUACAACAAAUAUGUCAAGGAAAAUGUACAACAUGAAAUGUGGUAUAGAAAGGAGAUUGGACUCAAUGUAUCGCUGUUUGAUAAGUUUGAGUUUCAGUGAGUGAGUUUCUGUAGGAAAUCAGAUAUAGAAAUACAUUUAUUACUCUUGUAAAAAAUAGUUUUAUUGUUUUUAAAAUGACUGUGGUUGAAAUGGAUGAAUGCAAGGUUUAACCAGUAUAUUUAUUGAUGGUGCAUGCGCGGUGCAUUGAAAUCAACAUUUUCCUAUGAGCUGCAGAGUCCCGUGACCAUUGAGGUGAAAUGGUUUAAGGGAAUUUAGUACCUUUAAUACCAUUUAAUAUCUACAGAAAUUCUCAAAUUCAGAGAAAUUGAGGAGCACUUCAUGAAACCGUUAGGAUAAGGUUUAGCAGGUGUUAUCUACGGGGAACCACCAGCAUAAACAGCAAAUCAUGCAACGUCAAAGAGAAACAACAACUAAAUAGGAACAAAUAAUACAGAAAUCCAUGCACAUUCAUUAUAUAGACAUUAGUCCUAUAAAUAAUUACUAUUAUUCAAAUCUGUGUUUAGAGAAUGUACAUGAUCGUACGUUACAGCAUGUUUUAAUAUUUUCUAUCAAGUCAACCUCUGUAAGUAGAAAUCUAGAGAUUGGAUAUUAAAACAUUUCUUUAUUUCAUUGUUUUCUUCUUUAGAUAUGGACAGAAAGGUUUUCUUGUUUCCUAAAGAAACUGCCACAUCAUACAUCACUCUGAAACCGGAGCAAUCAGAACCGCUAAAGAAAUUUACUGUGUGCCUUCAAUCCUACACUCAACUCACCCGAGAGCAUUCUCUCUUCUCUAUGGCAAACUCUGGCACAGAAAGUGACAACACUUUUCUAAUUUACCUUAAGCCACCAAACUACUGCAUGGUUUAUAUCAACCAGGAAGAAAUUCGAUUCAGGAUCGACUCAGAGGUUCUCGAAUUGAAACACACAUGUGCGAGCUGGGACUCUGAUACGGGGGUGGUCCAGCUUUGGAUCAAUGGAAAGGCCUACCCUAGAAGAGUUUCAAAUAAAGGAUUUACCAUUCUUGCCCCAUACAGUAUUAUCUUGGGACAGGAGCAGGAUUCCUAUGGGGGUGGUUUUGAUGCCAAACAGUCUUUUGUGGGUGAAAUAAGUGAUGUCCACAUGUGGGAUUAUGUAUUGACUUUUGAAGAUAUAAAUAAUGUUCUGUCCAAUGUCAAGAAUGGUAAUGUGGUCAGUUGGAAAUCUCUAUGGUAUGAGAGUAAAGGGGAGGUAUUUGUCCAACCCAAACUUCAGUGCACGUCCUGGGGUUACUCAACCAGGCAGUAUUACCCAUGCUCGUAAAACAAGCACUGUCCAAAUGAUCUGUAAUCAAUUACUAUUUAAUAACAGGGAUAUUAGAGCUCUUGCCUGCCUUUGCCUUUAUUCAUGACAUUUUCUCCAAAGAAAUGAUGCUGUCUUAGAUUGUUAAGUUAAAGGUAUUCUUGCUUUCUGCAAAGUGAUUCUGGUAUUGAUUGAAACCUAUGGACUCUCUAUGUAUCAUUGUGUGUCAUUACAUAUCCCUCUGUCUUCAAGACUUCAUAUGAUUUUUGAUAUAUUCAUGAAAUGCUCUGAAUAAAAAGCUAAGAAAUGUAAAUAAAUAAAUAAAUA